AUGUCUGGAAUCUGGGAGACCCUCACAGGACGCAAGUCCUCGUCUUCGUCCUCGUCAUCACAGCAAUCACCAUCGUCCACAUCCGCCAACGCCUCAUCCCCGGACACGGCGCCGACGACCACAUUCGCGCCCCCGCCCUUCGACCCCUCGGAGGCCCAGGGCGUUGAUGCCUUCCUCAAGAGCUCCGCCUUCGCCGACCCGUCGCAACUGCACCCCCUGGCCGGCUUGAACAAAGACACCUUAGAAUACAUCACCCUCGAGGACUCGGCCCUGUCGGAUCUCCCCGGCGCCCAGUCCGCCAUCCCGUCUCGCGGCUUCAGCGAUGACUUGUGUUAUGGAACCGGUAUCACGUACCUGACCGCCCUGACGCUCGGAGGUGCUUGGGGUCUGCAGGAGGGCCUGAGGAGGUCGGCGAACCAGCCUCCCAAACUACGUCUCAACUCGGUGCUGAACGCUGUGACGCGACGCGGCCCCUUCCUCGGCAACUCGGCCGGUGUCGUCGCCAUCUGCUACAACUUGUUCAACUCUGGUAUCGGCUACGCCAGGGGCAAGCACGACGCAUUCAACACGAUUCUGGCUGGUGGUCUGAGCGGCAUGCUCUUCAAGAGCACGAGAGGCCUGCGGCCGAUGAUGGUUUCGGGAGGAGUUGUCGCCUCGAUUGCUGGAGCAUGGGCUGUGACCCGACGCGCCAUGUUCGCAGAGCCGACUGAGCAGGAACAACGACUAUAA